AUGAAAAAUUCAACAAUAUGGUCAUCAACAGCAGUUACGGAUCAUAACGAGCCAUUAUUCUUCCCUCCAGCAGAGUCUUCUACAAGUUGUUUGGUUAACAUAGCGAAAAUCAAAACAACAUCAGUUAAUCAGCUUGUUUUGGUUAAAGCCACAGUUAAACACCUGUCAGGUCCAAAAAAUGUCAAGUGGGAAAAUGAUUCAGUUCAAAAGCGCUUGUGUGUCCUGCAAGAUCCAACUGGAGCAAUUAAGGCUGUUCUGUGGGAAGAGUGGAUUGAUAGUGUAGAAGAUGAUCAAACAUACCUUUUCACAAACUUAAGAGUGAAGAAAAUGGUUAUACCAAUGAGAUUUAUGUCAACACUGCUAAAUCUGGUUUCAAGGUCAAAGAGUGUGUCCCCUUUGAUGAAGUGCUGCCAGAUGUUAGCCCAGGCUAUAGCAGAUUUGGUUGCAAAGCAGGCAAUUGUUUCAAUCAUCGGGGUGAAAACUUUGAACAAGUAUAACUCUUGCAAUGCCUGUGGUAAAAAAGUUGAGGGAACAGGGAAAACUAUCAAAUGUGAAUCCUGUAAAGUAAGGCAACGAGUGUCACAGGAAAAUGCUAAUUGGUAUGCCCGUCUGUUUGUACAGAAUGUGGAAACAAAAGAAAAAGUUUACCUCACUGUCUUCCACUCGCAACUCAUGAAAAUAUUAGAGACCUUAAGAUAG